UGCCAUCCUGGUCUUCUUUUUUAGAGAACAACUGUACAAGGGAAGUCAAAAAGCCAUUGGAAUAUAGUUGAGUUAUUAAAUUCAUCCUACCAGUAAACUCUGGUUCUCCUCACCACCUAAAACCCUAAUUUAGCUUCGAUCGUGCUACUAAUGGCUAAAUUUCUCUUGUUUAUUCUGUUUAUAAUCACGAACCCAUUUUUAGUUUUCUCUCAAUUUGAUGAAUUCUUCUUCAAUGGAUUCAGUGAAGCUCAUCACAAUAACAACAAGAUAAGCUUAAAUGGUUCAUCAGAGAUCAAGAAAAAUGGGAUACUUCAAUUAACAAAUGAUACAAGUAGAUUAACUGGUCAUGCUACUUAUCAAACUCCAUUACAAUUUAAGAAUUCCACAAAUGGAAAAGUUUAUUCAUUUUCAACUUCUUUUGCAUUCGCAAUUGUUUCUCAGUUUCAAAGAUUAGGUGGUCAUGGAUUUGCUUUCACUAUAUCACCAGACAAACUACUUAAUGGAUUUCCAAGUCCAUAUCUUGGUGUAUUCAAACCCAGUGAUGUUGGAAACUUAUCAAACCAUGUAUUCGCUGUUGAAUUUGAUACAGUUCAAGAUUUUGAGUUUGGAGAUAUUGAUGAUAAUCAUAUUGGUAUCGAUGUCGAUGGUUUGAACUCCACUUCUUCUGUUUCCGCAGCAUAUUUUUCCGAGAAUUCGACGAAAGUAAACAUUACUCUCGAAAGUGGUAACAUAUUUCAGGUAUGGAUUGAUUAUGAUUCUAUUGAAAAUGUUGUUAAUGUUAGUGUCUCACCAUUUUCAUGGAAACCAAAACAACCAAUUCUCAGUACUAGUAGUAUAGAUCUUUCUUCGGUUUUCGAAGAUUCUAUGUAUGUUGGAUUCUCUUCUUCUACUGGUUUACUUGCUAGUUCACAUUAUAUACUGGGGUGGGAUUUCAAAAUGAAUGGAAUUUCUAGAAAUCUUGAUCUUGGCUCGUUGCCUUCACUUCCUGGACCUAAGAAAAAACAUGUUGCAGUAAUAAUUGGUGUUUCUGUCUCCUCUAUUCUUCUUCUUAUUGUUGCGGUUUGUUUCGCCAUUUACUUGUUUAUAAAAAUUAAGAAUGCGGAUGUUAUAGAAGAUUGGGAACUUGAUAUUGGACCGCAUCGAUUCUCUUAUGAAGAAUUAAAAACUGCAACAAAAGGUUUCAAGGAAAAGGAAUUACUUGGGGUUGGUGGAUUUGGUAAAGUUUACAAAGGGAGGUUGCCAAAUUCGAAAGCUGUGGUUGCAGUUAAGAGAAUUUCUCAUGAUUCAAAACAAGGUUUGCAUGAAUUUGUAUCGGAAAUCGGAACUAUCGGACGCCUUCGUCAUCGGAAUCUAGUUCAACUACAAGGAUGGUGCAGAAGAAGAGGUGAUUUGCUUCUUGUUUACGAUUAUAUGCCUAAUGGAAGCUUAGAUAAAUACAUCUACCGCGAACCCAAAUUUGUCUUAAGUUGGGAACAAAGAUUUAAGAUCAUUAAAGGUAUUUCUGCAGCAUUACUAUAUCUACAUGAGCAAUGGGAACAGAUUGUGGUUCAUAGAGAUAUAAAAGCUAGUAACAUAUUGCUAGAUGGUGAAUUUAAUGGACGAUUAGGUGAUUUCGGUCUUGCUAAAUUGUAUGAACACGGUUCAAAUCCAGGUACAACUCGAAUAGUAGGUACAUUGGGUUAUCUAGCACCAGAGCUAACGAAGACAGGUAAAGCAACGCCAAGUUCAGAUGCGUUUGCAUUUGGUGCACUUUUACUGGAAACAUGUUGUGGCAGAAGACCCAUCGAACCGAAAGCAGUUCCAGCAGAACUGACUUUGAUUGAUUGGGUUUGGGAUAAAUGGACAAGUGGAUUGAUUUUUGAUGUAGUUGAUCCAAGACUGAAAGAUGAAUUUGAUGAAGAUGAGGUUCUAAUGGUGUUGAAACUCGGGUUAAUGUGCUCUAAUUGUGCACCUGCCGAACGUCCUAGUAUGAGACAAGUAGUAAGGUAUUUGGAAAAGGAAGUAAAAAUGCCUGAAGUAUUGAGCGCACCAGGUGAAAAUGAAACUGAUAGGAAUGAUAUCGGGUUUGAUGAUUUUAUUCAUUCUUAUCCUUCACAUUCUUUCGACAAAUCCGUACAAUCUUCUAAGGAAGUUCGAAAUGAUGCUAUCGACGAUGACAGUGAUCAAGAUCAAAGUGCUGCUUCUUCUGGUUCUCUUUACCUUCUCUCUACUAGACAUAAUAAAGGUAGAUAGGAUAGCCAACCGCAUUCUUGUCAAGCGUGGCUUACUCCUCAAUCCUCAUAGGUCACAGUUUCCGAGUCUGUUUAAGGUUCCCGAGGGUGGUUCAGGGGUUGCUAAUGUGUUUGGGCUCCAAGGUUGUAUCAGGCGCUCACCGAGGCGCCAAGCCUAGCGCCUAGGCACCAAAAAGUUUAUUUUCUAGGCGACUACUCGCCUUUCACAACAUAGGUUUCUGGGUUUUUUUUUUCUUUCGAUUUUCUUCUUUAAGGAUUAAGAAUGUGUAUAAAGUAUAUAUAAAAUAAAGUAAAGAAGAAUAUUAGAAUAGAAUUAUGAACUUUAGUCUUUGAAUGAGUGGAAUCAAUAAUAGGCAACAUCAUCUUUUUGAUUUGUGGUUAA